CUGUUGAAGUGUCAGGUGUCAGAUUAAAGCUCGUUGUAGGCUGACUGUAAUCUGAACUAAUCGCUCAGCUAAAUGAACUAGCCAACGUUAGCAUCAUGCUCGUCAGGAAUGUCUGUCCUACUCUGUUACUGAUUUUAGCCGGGUCCAUAGUCAAGAACAGGUACAGGGGUGGAUGUCAGCAGGACGUUGGGGAGAAUUGGCUGAUCAGAGGACAGAGAGGAAACUUCUUUUUGGGUGAACGUGAGGGAGUUUUGGAGAGCUGUGGCCUGGAAGCCUUUCACCUCCUGAAAUGUCCCUGAAACGAGCCGAAGGGAUGUCGAUUGCCCAGGCUUUGGCCAUGACUGUCGCAGAGAUACCAGUUUUUCUCUACUCCACAUUUGGGCAGUCCAUCUUUUCUCAGCUGAAACUAUCUCCAAGCCUGAAGAAAGUCCUGUUUGCCACCGCACUUGGAAGUGUUGCUCUAGCGCUCACUGCUCAUCAGCUGAAAAGACGAGGGAGAAAAAGGAAGCAGAAAACGCAAGCGAAGGAGGGGCAGAAGCCAGUGGGAAUACCUGAGAUGCUCCUGAAGACAGGAAGACCUUCCUCGUUAAAAAGAGGUCCGUUCACCAGCCGACAAAUGAUGAGCCCCGGAUCUCGGAGCAAUGACACCAUGAGUGGAAUUUCCUCCCUGGCUCCCAGUAAACACUCGAGUUCCUCACACAGCCUAGCAUCGACUCGAGUCCCAAACUCUCCGAAUCAGUCUGUGAAUCCCACCUCCCAGUGGGAGGCGGAGCCUGUGGUGGAAGAAUCAGGAGCAGGAGAGGAUGCCAAUGCAGAGAACCUAUAUUUAAUGGGAAUGGAGCUGUUUGAAGAAGCGCUACGAAAGUGGGAGCAAGCUCUGCAUGUCCGUCAUCCCAGCAACCCGGCCUCCUGCAACAACAGCCUGGCUCUGCAGGGGGCCACCUGCGGAGACAUUCCCACGGGUGAAACCCACAAUAAAGUAUUUGCUGAAAAGUUAGAGACACUAUUGCACCGGGCGUACCACCUGCAGGAGGAUUUUGGCAGCAGUAUCCCAACUGACAGUGUGCUGGCCGACUUUGAAAGCGAAGGAACCCUUAUCUUGCCUCAAGUGGAGAGUUUCCAUCAGCUGCAAUAUGAUGAUGCGACUUCUGUUACGUCUGAUGACUCCUUUUUCUCAGCUGCAGAGCUGUUUGAUAACAUGACUCUAGGGGAGAUCUAUCCACCAAUGAAGCCAGCAGCUCUGUAUGAAGAAGCCUUGUCUCUGGUCCAAGAUGACAAAGUGAACUUUAGGACUCUGAGGACUGAUUUACUUGAAUGCUAUAAUGACCAAGAUUUCCUUGCCAAGCUCCACUGUGUGAGACAAGCGUUCCAGGUUCUGUUGUUAGAUGAAACUCAUCGCACCUUUUUUAUGGAGACUGGGAAACAGAUGAUAACAGGGCUGAUGGUAAAGGCCAACAAGAGCACCAAAGCCUUCUUAGAGAGCUAUGAAGACAUGCUGCUGUACACUCAGAGAGAAGAAACGUGGCCCAUCACUAAGCUGGAGCUGGAGGGACGAGGGGCUCUGGCGACUGCUUGCUGGUCGGUGCUGAAGGCGAAAAGGCGACUUCUUUUGGUUCCUGACGGGUUUAUCUCCCACUUCUAUGCCAUAUCAGAACACGUGAGCCCGGUUUUAGCUUUUGGGUUUUUGGGACCCAGGCAACAUCUGACGGAAGUUUGCACAAUUUUUAAGCAACAAAUCGUGCAGUACCUAAAGGAUAUGUUUGACCACGAUAAAGUCCGUUUCACCACUGUUCAGUGCUUGGCUGAUGACAUCCUGAAGCUUUCCCACCGCAGAAGUGAUAUCUUACUGGGGUACCUGGGAAUUGAUAGUCUGGUGGAACUCAAUGGUGCCCUGCCAAGACAUACAGAUGGCUCCUGAGGAACCCACGAGGGUCACGAAGGGCUUCGUAGAGCUUGAGCAGGACCGGGGAGAAAUCGCCACUCAAAACUCGAUCUCUACUUAAAGUCUCACCCGAACCCUCCUUUCUGUGUUACACUGAGAACCAGCAUUAUUCAUUCAUUCAUCUGUGCACCUCAGCCUGCAGCAGGCAUCAGAUAGAUUUCACCACGUCACCUUGUUCCAUCAGAAAACCGGUUGGAUCAAGUAAUUCCACUUCUUUCUUGUGUUGCUGCUUUGCUGCAUAUCCAGAAUGUCGAGUGUAAUCAUGUAACGGCAGACGUGUGGGGACUUGCCUCGGCCUUGUUGGGCGACACGUUAGACAAGUUGUUAAAAAUGCAGCUGACAAACGCUCCCAAAUGACCAGGACUGCGUCUUCUACACAAAUAUUUACACGAGUUCAACACUUGUGUAACUGGGUUGAACAUCAGAACAUUCAUGUGGACAGAACUGUCAUCAGAUUGGCCAAUAUUACAAACAGUGUAUAUAAAUGAAAAACAGAUGUUGGGGCCAACAUUUACUCUAUUUUAAUUUUUUUAAAUGAUAUCAGUUUUUUAUAGUUUUCACCUGAUAGAUGGCCCACUCGUUCCAGGAUUACCUGCUGUACAAACAGAAAGUAUUAAUCCUCAUUUGGACGAUGUUAAAGAAAGGGAAUAUCUUCUAAGAUGCAGGGCUUUAGUGCACUUGAGUGUUCUCAGGAAAGAAACCGUGACUUGAAAUGAUCUCUAGGAUGUGGGGUUAAAACGUAUAUUUAUAGUAACUUAGUUCAUCAUCUUUAGCUUUCAAGUAUCUCCGUUUAAUUCCACAACUUACUAAACUAUCCAAACUCAAGUUAUAGGAAGAUGUAAGGUUUUGUUUCAGUGGAACAUUUGGGUUAUUGGCAGCUCCUGGACAUGGUUCUAAAAUCUUGAAGACAACCUGCUGAUUUGUGAUGUGCAAUAUUGGUUUUCACUGAAUAACCUUUAAACAUGAUUGGCUUGUCACCGUGGGGGAAAUUGGAAAUGUGUCAUUCCCAAUACCGCUGAGGUCGCACUAAAGCAACAUUGAGCAUUUCCACAGAUUUUUAUUUAGUGUGUGUGAAACUGCUGACAUGAUUAGAGUUCACAGCCACAGGUUUUGUGUGAUCUCACUUUCUAACAUUUAUGACUCAAAGCAAUAGUUUGCUGUUUCUGAGGUGGAGUUUCUUUAGAAAGGUGAUGAAUAUCUUACAUGUUGCAGAUAGCUUGUUGAAUGACCUUAAUUAGAAAUAGCCAACAUCAGAGUGGUCUGAUGCUGUCUUAACUCCAAUUUCAAAAAUUUCAUAGUGAUUCAUGCAAAAAGCACUUAAACAUAAUGCCACCAAUAUUGCAUUAUGUGGUUAUUUCUUCGGAGUGCAUGUUAAAAUCUAUUUUAGAAGCAAUGGGCCUCAUGCAAGAACUUUUUUCGUAUUCUUAUCCUA